AUGUAUGGACAAUAUAACAGAGAUUUAGGUAAAGAAGUGGAUAGGGAGAAGACAUGGUGGUGGCUGAAGAAAGGAGACUUGAAACCUGAGACUGAAGCACUUCUUUGUGCUGCACAAGAACAAGCUCUAAGGACAAAUUAUGUAAAGUUUCACAUAGAUAGAACUGUUGAAUCUCCACUCUGUAGACUUUGUGGGGAAAAGGAAGAGCAUAUAACACACUUGAUAAGUGAAUGCAAGAAGCUAGCACAAAAAGAGUACAAACGAAGACAUGACAAUGUGGCUCGCAUUGUACACUGGAAGCUAUGUGGUUUGUACCAACUAGAGAAAGCUGAAGAAUGGUAUGAACACCAACCAAACGGAGUAAUUGAAUCAGAUAAUGUAAAGAUUCUCUGGGAUUUUAACAUACAGUGCGAUCAUGUGAUUGAAUGUCGAAGACCUGAUAUUGUAGUGGUUUUAAAGAAGGAAAAGGAAUGCAAGAUCAUCGACAUCGCAGUUCCAGGGGACUGUAGAAUUGGUAUAAAAGAAACAGAGAAUGUAGAAAAGUAUGAGGAGUUGAAAAGGGAAAUUCGGAAAAUAUGGGCAAUGAAAAAAGUAGAAGUCAUUCCAAUAGUAGUAGGUGCCUUAGGAGCAGUUAGUAAUAAACUGGAUAAGUGGAUUGAGAAAUUGGGAAUACAUAUAAGAAUAGAACUUCUACAAAAAACAGCAUUUUUAGGGACGGCAAGAAUACUAAGACGAAGCUUGGAAAGCUAA